UUCUACAUUCUGGGUGGGAAUGUGUCCUGUUCGUUGCUGGAUGGUCAAUAAAACCAGCACAUCAGAACGUCUGUGAAAGGAGCACAGACAUGCAGCCAGGACUGGAGAUUGUGGAGUGUCCGGAGCUGGCAGGGGACGUUGGCAGGAGGUUGACCUUUAACCCUGCGCGGCAUGUUGUACAUCGAGCCUUCAGUGUCAGCUCCCAGAUGAUGCCGGCAGACAAGGCGGGCAUCCGGCAGAGGAGACAACAACAGAGUAAACAACAACAACAACCAGAGGGUAAACAACCCAGCAAAAUGGUUCCCAAGAUCACCACAGACUCAGACACUGAGGCAGGGAUCGACCCCCCUGACCUUAUGACCCCCGACCCGGAUCAUGUGAAAUCCACCCACCGCGUGAGAAAGACGUCGGAGAACGGACCCGUCCCGGCCGAGGACCUGUCCGUGGAAGUCCUGGACUCGGAGCCGCUGAUCAGGGAAAGGAGGGAAGAGGAGAAGAGAAGCGAGAUGAAACACAAGGAAGAAACGUCAAUGACUAUAGCACUGGAGUGUUUCUUCCCUUACCUAGUGGCAGGGUUUGGUAUGGUGGCUGCAGGAAUGGUGCUAGAUAUAGUACAGCACUGGCCAGUAUUUAUCCAGGUGUCUGAAGUUUUUAUCUUAGUUCCUGCACUGCUGGGCCUGAAGGGAAACCUGGAGAUGACCCUAGCGUCUCGACUCUCAACUGCUGCCAACCUGGGCUACAUGGACAACAGGAAAGAGCAGUGGAGACUGAUAGUGGGAAACAUGGCUCUCACCCAGGCCCAGGCUCUAGUGGUGGGGUUCCUGGCAGCGGUGGCAGCGAUUGUGUUUGGCUGGAUCCCAGAGGGAAAGUUUGACAUCCACCACGCCUUCCUGCUCACAGCCAGCAGUAUGGUCACAGCUUCACUGGCCUGCGCUAUUCUGGGUACCAUCAUGAUCGCGGUGGUGAUCCUGUCUCGGAAGUGUAAGGUGAACCCAGACAACGUGGCGACCCCGAUCGCGGCCAGUCUGGGUGACCUGACCACGCUGGCACUGCUCUCAUGGAUCAGCAACGUGCUAUGGAGGGCCAUCACUGUGGAGGAUGGUGCGCGAUUCUGGAUGGCUCCGACCAUCACUGUUGUGUUAUUCUUGGCGGCGCCGUUCUGGAUGUACAUGUCUCACAAGAACCCCCACACUAAGGAGGUCCUCAGACAUGGCUGGGAGCCUGUCAUAUGUGCCAUGGUCAUCAGCAGUGGAGGAGGCCUGAUCCUGGACUUUGCUGUGUCUGCGUACCACGGCAUUGCAGUCUUCACUCCUAUCAUAAAUGGUGUUGGAGGGAACCUGGUCGCUGUCCAGGCCAGCAGACUGUCCACGUGGCUGCACACGAGAGGCAAGCCUGGCACGCUGCCGGAGGGGGCUGUCCAUGGCUGUCCCAACCCAGUCAGAACCUUCUUCUCUUCAGGUGUCCAUGCCAGGACAGCCAGGGUGCUGUUCCUAUUGGUGGUCCCAGGUCACCUGAUCUUCUUGUACCUGAUUGCUUACGCCAACGCCGGCCACACCACCAUCACUGCUAUCUUCACAGUGGUCUACCUCAUCGCAGCUAUGAUACAGGUGGCGAUCCUCCUGUUUGUGGCAGACUGGCUGGUCCACUUCAUGUGGCUGAAGGGCAACGACCCGGACAACUGCACCAUCCCGUACCUGACAGCGCUGGGAGACCUGCUGGGGACGGGACUGCUCGCCAUGGCCUUCCACACGCUCUGGCUCAUCGGCGACAGGGACAGCGACGUCGGCGACUAGGGCAGGUCAAUAAUCACCUGGUGGUUAUUCAAUAAUCAACCACUUUUUGAAAGGGUUGCUGGGAAAUACCUUUGGCCCACUGUACAUGUAGCUGUUGUGCGACAGUGCUGUGGACUAGGGAGGGGUAAAUCUAUGGUUAAGAUCACUAUUCACUAACCACCGUUAUUAUUCAAUAACCACCUGGUGGUUAUUCAAUAAUCAGUUGCGAUUAUUCAAUAACCACCCUCUUUUUCAGAGUGUUGUCAGUAGUGCUCAGUAUUGUGAAUGAACCUAGCAGCAGACCAAACCUGUGCUGUAUGUAGGAAGACAGGAACAGUGGUUUGGUGGUAGCAGAAAGUUUUUCCAAUGUGCGUAAAAUUUUUGACAACUUGCAAUAUUGUAGCUGCAGGUGACAGAAAAAGUAUUUUUGAGGCUUGUAUUAAUAUCCCUUUAGCCUGACCGACAUCAUUUUUGAAAGGCAAUACAAGAAUCUAAACUGGUGAUGGGAAAAACUUUUGUAGUUUUGUAAUUGAGCCAGUCUAUACAGUGGUCAUACAUGUAGAUUUUAAUGAAGUUACCAGUUGUGUAUUGUAGUUGAGACAGAAAUUAUUCAUUAUUUGUAAUUUGUAAUUGAAGGCUUUAGUCUUAUGCUUACUCAUUACCCAAGCAAUCAUGAUCUUAAAAGUUCUAUAUUGUAGAUGAAACCAUCACUAAACUGGACUGUAAGACAGUUCUUCAGUAUUGUGUAUUGUACAAAUGAAAUAUCCACCUGUUUUAAGGAGAAUGAUUCACCGCUGACGUGCUCUAAUAGCAUGCAGGCUUCUUGUAGAUACCAGAAAUGUUUUAAUAUCUGUAUCUCUAACUGUGCAGUUUUACAGCUUACACUGGUGAACAGCUGCCAACAGUUCCACUGUGUUUCUAGUAUUUUUCAACUGUAAACUCAGUGUAUCUUUAGUACAAGAGCAACAUAUCAAACAUGAGCUCAUACUUGUAGCACCAAUAACUAGACUAAAUACAUCAUACUUCCAGCAGCCCUUCCAUUCGUCAGACCUGACAGGGAGAUUGUGUAACACAGGCUAAGCAAUAACUAGUAAAAGCCAUUUCAAAAGCACACACAUACAUGUAUGUGAUGCCUGCCAUGCCUGCAUAAAAAUUGUUUUGUUCGCAAAAACAAAAAAAGGAUCAACAUACAGGGGGCACAAUUGCUGUCUUACAACAGUCCACGCAUAAAUGAUUUCAAACUAGAUGACGAGUUUUCCAAAAAGUAAACCUCUCUUCAUCCUGUGGAAAUACUUGAGAACUUCAUUAUUUAUUAAUCAAACUGUGGACAGUGGGACCCUAAAAUCACUAUGUGACAGACUAUACAGACCAGUUAUACUUCAUUAGUGCACUGUAGGACAGGACGGCAUGUUUAGUCUAUCACUUUGUUGUCAAGAGACCAGUUUUGAUAAAAUCUACUCAAGAGUCCCUUCUUAAAGUGUAGCCAUGUGGCAUUUAUCUGUGUACAGAUUCAUAUCAUAGAGGGUUCACAGCAUGGCUCUAGAAUAAUUGCUGCAAAACUUUCUAUGAUACAUACUCAAAGUAUUUUUUUUCUUGAAGAACAUCGGAGACGAGAGUUGUUGCAUUCUCUACAAAUAUUUUACAGAUUUCAAUUUUAUAUAACGUUUGAUUAUGAAAUAGAUUGAUAUGUAAGUGGGCUUGUGCAGAUAAUACGACAGAUGAGCACAUUCUUGCCUGAAGGGGAGUGUAUAAUAUGUCAUCUACAGCCAUAGUGAUAUUGUUGGAUAUGUUUGUAGCUGCAGUGUUUGGGCAAAAAUGAGUUUGUAACAGGUUUGAUUACUUAUGAAUGUCAGACAUUACUUAAGCUCCAAAAUGAAAUCUGCACAAUAUGUUCAAAGCUUAUACUACAAUGUAUAUAAGUUAUAGAUGACUAAAUCUUUGAUGUUGUCCAACAUGUUUCAGUUAUCGUCAAAUAUUAUAAUCCUUCAGUAUUCAGUUGUUAAAAGAGAGUUAUUACCUUGAUACAUAUGUACGUCAUGUGCAAUGUGAAACAAGUUUCUAAUGUUAAAGGUAUGUUUUUCACUGUUGUCUGUAGUUGACACAUACAUGUAUAAGGACACAGAACCAACAUUGAGAUCAUUUGCUGGGCUACUCCAAAAUGCCUCAUGAUUGGUUACCUAAAAUUCAGAGUUGUUAUUUAAAUUUUAAAGGCAUCUUGUUGGAAGCCCAUUACAUGUACUUCAACUUAGUACGAAAUGUACAGCACGUAAAUUUCUAUUGAUCAUUGACUUUGAAUUUGAAAUGGAUUCUAGAGUUUUAUUGUAUUUCCGAUCUGUUUGCUUAAGAGGUGCAUGUAAGCUAAUAAGAAAGGACUUCCAAACUGCUACAUGAUAGUCUUUUUCUUGACGAACACAGGCAUGUCGAUUAAGUAUAAUUCCGAUCAGAGCUAGAAUUUUCUGAGAUGUGACUGAUGAGGACACCCUCACUUCAAGGUCUCCCACAGAUGUUGUAACAUUUUGUUAUCUGUGUCAAAUUAGCUUCACUACUCAGUUGUAAACAAGCUGAUUUUUAACACAUUCUCCAAAUGGUGGUGGCGAUCUGUGACAGUUUCAUCAAUGUAGUAAUAAAGGACCUAAAAGUUUCGAAGUGACGUUACUUGUUACCUC